UUUGGUUUUCUUAAUUUUUUUUCUCUUUCUAGUAAUUGCUACAAAUGAAAUCAGCGGAUAAACAGCAUAUGAAUGAUGGGGAGGUUGAAUUAUAGGGGAGGGGGUGCAUGAAUUGAGUGCAAUCAUAGAUCACCCAUUUGUUUCAAAAUGAACUUGUCUUUUUCUUCCUUUUGCCUUCGGUUAAAAGAAAAAAAGGUUGAAUGACCCUUGUUCCUGAUUGCACCCUCAUGAGAUUGAGGAAGCGUAAACGAUGUUUUCCUUCUUGUUCCUCUCUUCGCAAAGUAGACGAGGAUGAGAUUUAUUGGAGACGCAGAAAGGAAGAUGAAGAGUUGGAAUGGACACCUAAUUCCACUCACUUAAUAUCUCAGUUUACUCAAUGUUUUAUGUUGAUCUAUAUUUUGUUACACGUAGCUAAUGCUAUGGUUGGAUCACGAUCAUGGAUAGGAGGACUCUUUCACCGCACAACCACCAAGCGAGAUGACAAAUUCAUUGAUUAUCCUUUGAGUCCUAUUGAGGAGGAAAGACUUCAAAGGCUUCAAGAACGGCUGCAAGUUCCUUAUGAUGAGACUCGACCUGAUCAUCAAGAAUCACUAAGAGCUUUGUGGCAUUGUUCCUUUCCUAAUGUAUCUCUGGAAGGCCUAAUAUCUGACCAAUGGAAAGAUAUGGGAUGGCAAGGUCCUAAUCCAUCGACUGACUUUAGGGGGUGUGGCUUCAUUUCCCUUGAAAAUCUACUGUUUUUCGCAAGGAAAUAUCCGGAAUCUUUUCACAAGCUGUUGUUGAAGAAAGAUGGAAAGAGAGCAACCUGGGAAUAUCCAUUUGCUGUUGCUGGCAUUAAUAUAUCAUUUAUGUUGAUACAGAUGUUGGAUUUAUGCUCAGAAAAGCCACGAUGUCUUCCAGGCAUGAAUUUUGUUAAGUUAUUAGGAGAAAAUGAAGAAGCAUUCGAUGUUCUAUACUGUAUAGCAUUUGAGAUGAUGGAUGCACAAUGGCUGGCUAUGCAUGCUUCCUACAUGGAUUUUAACGAUGUUCUACAAGCAACAAGAAUGCAAUUGGAGAGAGAGCUAUCCUUAGAAGACAUCAACAAAAUACAAGACCUGCCUGCUUACAAUCUGUUGUAACUUGUAAACAAUAGCUUAAUUCUUCCUCUUCUGCUCAUAAGCAACAAAUUCCAAGUGGCACAAUUUUGUAAGUAUUGAAGACAAUUUCGCCACCAUGCUUAUUCUCAGCGAACUGCAAGGAUUUACUCCUCUUCUGAAUCUGUUUUCAGAGUCACCUUUGAAGUUCUUUAUAGCUGACAUUUGGUAAAUGAGCUAAUGACAUUAAACUUUGAAGGGGGCCUUUGAGAAUCAUUUUUGAAAUUUUAGUUGUU